AUGUCAGCAGCAGAAACCGUCGCCCACCAUGUCCACCCUUUACCCGAUUCCGUCCCCGAAUCCGAGGACUUGUUCCCCCCUCCACCGCGAUUGAGAGGCGAAGAGGGCAGACCGAAACCCCACAUUGGACCGAAUUAUCAAGCGUACUUGAACGAAUGGAAGAAGACGGUAGGACCAGAUAGCGAUAAAUGGUGGGCUGAGAAGGCCAAGGAAUGCUUGGAUUGGUACACCCCGUUCAAGACUGUUAGAGCGGGUGGGUUCGAGCAGGGGGAUGUACAGUGGUUCCCAGAAGGAACUCUCAAUGCCUCAUACAAUUGUCUUGACAGACAUUUCUACGCCAACCCCGAAAAGACCGCUAUCAUCUACGAAGCCGACGAACCUUCGGAAUCUAGGGAGAUCUCCUACGCCGAAUUGAUGAGGGAGACAUGUAGAGUUGCUAAUGUAUUGAAAUCGUGGGGUGUCAAGAAAGGUGAUGCCGUCUCUGUAUACCUACCCAUGACAUGGCAAGCUGCCGCUGCUUUCUUGGCAUGUGCCAGGAUCGGUGCUGUCCACUCUGCAGUAUUCGCUGGAUUCUCAGCGGAAUCAUUGAGAGAUAGAGUGAAUGACUGUGAAUGUAAAGUCUUGAUCACCACUGACGAGGGAAGACGAGGUGGUAAAUCUAUCGCAACCAAAGCUAUCGUCGAUGCUGCUCUCCAAUCUUGUCCUCUUGUCGAACACGUCCUUGUCCUCCGAAGAACCGGAAACAAAGUACCCUUCACUGAAGGACGAGAUAAAUGGUGGGACGAGGAAUGUGCCAAAGUCCCAACUUACUGCCCCUGUGAACCUAUGGCUUCAGAAGAUCCCCUUUUCAUCCUUUACACCUCGGGUUCCACUGGUAAACCCAAAGGUGUGGUCCACUGUACCGCUGGUUACCUUCUCGGGGCCUACCUUACCGUCAAAUACGUCUUCGAUGUACACCCCACCGACAAAUUCGCCUGUAUGGCCGACGUAGGAUGGAUCACUGGUCACACUUACAUCGUAUAUGGUCCUCUCGCUAACGGUGUGACUACCACCGUGUUCGAAUCGACCCCAGUCUACCCUACUGCCUCUCGAUACUGGGACUUUGUCGACAAAUGGAAGGCUACCCACUUGUACACUGCUCCAACAGCUAUUCGAUUACUUCGACGAAUGGGUGAAGAACACGUCAAGAAUCACGAUCUAUCCUCUUUGAGGGUAUUGGGAUCAGUCGGUGAACCGAUCAACCCCGAGGCAUGGCAUUGGUACAAUGAUUUCGCAGGAAAGAAGAAUUGUGCGAUCGUUGAUACCUACUGGAUGACUGAAACUGGAUCGAUCGUAGUUACACCUCUACCAGGUGCCAUCUCGACCAAACCUGGUUCAGCUACUUUCCCAUUCUUCGGUAUGGACGUUGAUAUCAUCGAUCCUCAAUCCGGACAAGUCCUCCAAGGAAAUGACGUAGAAGGUGUCCUGGUCGCUAAGAAACCUUGGCCUUCGCUUGCCCGAACUGUAUUCAAGGAUCACAAGAGGUAUUUGGAAACUUAUAUGAAACCUUAUCCCGGAUACUUCUUCUUUGGGGAUGGCGCGGCCAGAGAUUACGAUGGAUAUAUCUGGAUCAAAGGGAGAGUUGAUGGUGACGUAUCAGGCCACCGAUUGUCAACAGCCGAAGUCGAAUCGGCCUUGAUCCUCCACAAGGGAGUAGCCGAGACUGCCGUCGUCGGUUCCCAUGACGACAUCACAGGUCAAGCUGUAUACGCCUUUGUCACUAUGAAACCUGAGUUCGAUCUGAAAUCAACCAAAGAAGCAGACUUGAACAAAGAAUUGGCUAUCCAGGUUAGGAAGGUUAUUGGACCUUUCGCUGCCCCCAAGAAGAUUUACCUCGUUACUGAUCUACCCAAGACUCGAUCAGGUAAAAUCAUGAGACGUAUCUUGAGGAAGAUUGUUGCUGGAGAAGGUGAUCAAUUGGGUGAUUUGUCAUCUAUAGCUGAUCCUUCGAUUGUUGAUGAGAUCAAAAACAAGGUGGCUUCUGCUGCUGCCAAAUAG